AUGCCUUCAGUUCCUUCUGAUGAAGGCAAUUCUUUAGUUGAGUUCCGCUUUGCUGAUAAUCUGGACAUUGAACUCACAACACUGGGGAUCCUAGCAUCCAUCGUAAAUGGAGCCACUGUUCCUUUAAUGUCUCUGGUUUUAGGAGAUAUUUUAUUAAUUUAUUUUAGUGAUCAUUUUAUUAAUGGAUGCCUACUACAAAAUAACAGAACAAACUAUCAGAACUGCUCUCAGUCUCCAGAGAAGGUAAAUGAAGAUAUCAUUAUGUUGGCUCUCUACUAUGUUGGGAUAGGAGCAACUGCCCUCAUUUUUGGCUACGUACAGAUUUCCUUCUGGGUCAUAACCACUGCCCGGAAAACCACAAGAAUUCAAAAACAGUUCUUUCAUUCAAUUUUGGCACAAGACAUCAGCUGGUUUGAUGGCAGUGACAUCUGUGAACUUAACACUUGCAUAGCUGGUGACAUCAACAAAAUCUGUGAUGGUGUUGGAGAUAAGGCGCUGCUGUUUCAGAACAUGUCUGGGUUUUCUGUUGGCCUGGUGAUGAGCUUGAUAAAGAGCUGGAAGCUCUCCCUGGUGGUUCUGUCCACAUCUCCUGUCAUAAUGGCUUCAUCAGCAAUGUGCUCGAGGAUGGUCGUCUCAUUGACCAGUAAGAAGCUUGAUGCCUGUUCCAAAGCCGGGGCUGUAGCUGAAGAAGUCUUAUCAUCAAUCCAAACAGUCACAGCCUUUGGAGCCCAAGUGAAAGAAAUUCAAAGAUAUACACAGAAUAUAAAAGAUGCAAAGCAUGCUGGCAUAAAGAAGGCUGUAGGUUCAAACUCUCUUGGAGCCAUCUACUUCUUCAUGAAUAGAGACUAUGUACUGGCUUUUUGGUAUAGAACCUCCUCAAUUUUCAGUGGAGAGUCUGGCUACACCAUCAGAACUAUUCUUGCUGUUUUCUUCAGUGUGAUCCAUAGUAGUUAUUGCAUUGGAUCUGCAGCCCCUCCCUUGGAAACCUUAGCCAUAGCCCGGGGAGCUGGCUUUAAUAUUUUUCAGGUUAUUGAUAAGAAAGCCAAUAUAGAUAACUUCUCAACAACUGGAUAUAAGCCUGAAUGUGUAGAAGGAACAGAAUUUAAAAAUGUUUCUUUCAGCUAUCCAUCAAGACCGUCUGUCCAGAUAAUAAAGGAUCUCUCACUUAAACCCAAAAUCACAGUGAAUGAGAACGACAUCCGAGAUCAAAACGUGAGGCAUUACCGAGAUCACAUCGGAGUGGUCAGCCAAGAGCCCGUUUUGUUUGGUACCACCAUUGGUAACAAUAUAAAGUUUGGGCGUGAUGGCGUUAGUGAAGAGGAGAUGGAGAGAGAGCCAGCAGCGAAGGAAGCGAAUGCCUACGACUUCAUAGUGGCCUUUCCUAAGAAAUUUAAUGCACUAGUAGGGGAGCAAGGAGCUCAAAUGAGAGGAGGCCAGAAACAGAGAAUUGCCAUUGCUCAAGCGCUAGUUCAAAACCCCAAAAUUCUGAUCUUAGACGAGGCUACAUCUGCCCUUAACGCAGAAAGUGAGUCAGUUGUUCAAACUGCACUGGAGAAGGCGAGCAAAGAUAGGACUACAAUUUUGGUAGCACACAGACUUUCCACUAUUUGUGGGGCAAACCUGAUUGUGACUAUGAAGGACGGCAUGGUAGCAGAGAAAGGGACCUAUGCUGAACUAAUGGCAAAGCAGGGGCUGUAUUACCCACUCGCCAUGACCCAGGAUAUUUAAAAAGCUGAUGAACAAAUGGAGGCAAAGACAUGUUCCACUGAGGAAAAAAGCAGCUCUAUUUCUCUGUGUGACGUGAGCAGCUCCAAGUCCCUCUGUGCUGACCAGUCUGAGGAAGUCAUCCCCCAUCAAAAGAUAAUGCUUAUAAUUCUUCCUGAAGUUUCACUAUUAAAAAUAUUUAAAUUAAACAAGUCUGAAUGGCCUUUUGUUGUUCUGGGCACACUGGCUUCUGUCCUAAAUAGAUCUGUUCACCCAACGUUUUCUAUCAUCUUUGCAAAAUUAGUUGCCAUAACUUCUGAUGGAAACUCUGCUCCUUCUCAGAUGUCUGAAAAUGACAAUAAAACCACAUUAAAACAUGACACGGGACUCUAAUCCAUGCUCCUAGUCAUCUUGGGCUCUGCUGCCCUUGUUAACUUUUUGCUUGUUUCCUAGGGGUUAUUUUAUGUCCAAGCAGAGAAAAAUUUAGCCAUGAGAUUAAGACACUUGGCAUUCAAAGCCAUGCUGUAUCAGGAUAUCGCCUGGUAUGAUGGCGAAAACAGCACGGGAGACUUGACCACAACAUUAGCCGUGGAUAUAGCACAGAUUCAGGGGUAUGCAGUAACUUCAAGACUUGGUAUCAUAACCCAAGAUGUGACCAGCAUGGUGCUGUCUGUUCUUAUCUCCUUCAUACACAGGUAGGAGAUGACUCUCCUGAUUCUCAGCUUCGCACCUGUCCUCGCCAUGACUGGGAUGAUUAAGACUGCGGCAGUGGCUGGAUUUACCAGCAAGAACUCAAUUGUGCUGGAAAGUGCUGGACAAGAUUGCAGCAGAAGUGUGGAGAACAUACAUACUGUACUAUCAUUAACAAGAGAAAAUGCCUUUGAGCAAAUGUACGAGGAGAUGCUUCAGACGCGACACAGAAAUGCCUUGAAGAGAGCACACAUCACUGGAAGCUUUUAUGUGGUCGCCCAUGCUUUUGUGUAUUUCGCCCAUGCAGCAGGAUUUCAAUUUGGAGCCUAUUUGAUUCCAGCUGGUCAGAUGACAUCAGAAGGCAUGUUCACAGUUUUUACUGCCAUUGCAUAUGAUGCUAUAGCCAUUGGAGAAACACAUGUUUGGACCCCAGAAUAUUCCAAAGCCAAAGUUGGAGCUGCACAUCUGUUUGCUUUGCUGAAAAAGAAACCAACUAUAGACAGCUGCAGCUUCCUGAGCCUCCUGGGUGCUAUCUGCCCAUGCCUGCAGCCCCACAAUGCAGGACAAUCAGAUGCAAUAGGGAGUCGAGUCAAAGCAGGAACUCAGUCUAUUACAAUGGUUCAGCAUGCCCUUGAAAAAGCCCGGAGAGGGAGGACCUGCCUAGUGGUGGCUCACAGACUCUCCACAGUACAGAAUGCAGAUCUGAUUGUAGUUCUAUAAAAUGGGAAAAUCAAGGAGCAGGAAAUGCAUCAGGAGCUCCUGAGAGACGGAGACACAUACUUUGGAUUAGUAGCUGCACAGUGGUCUUAUCCUAACCUCUUUGUUCUUUCUGAAGCCCAGUUACAUCAUCACCCUCCUUCCUCUAAAUCAGAUCUUGAUAACGAUCUUGUGAAAACAAGAGAAGCACUAAGGAAACAGAUGCUCAAAGAUCUCCCACCAGGAGUUAAAGGUUUACAAAAUCAUUUUAAAGGGACAGAUUUACAACAUUGA